AUGCCUAAAGAUCCAGCGUGGUACCCAACACCAGACAGACCUCCUUCCUUGAUCCUUGCGAAUGACUAUCAGCAUAGUCGUUUGCGAAAGUUGUUUGCUCCAGCGUUCAGUGAUAGAGCAUUGGCAGAGCAGGAGCCGAUUCUUCAGCUGUAUGCGGACUUGUUCAUCGACGGGCUGAAAGAGCAGUGGAGGCAGUCGAAGGCUGCCGACAUGACGAAAUUCGACGUGAUCUCAGACAUAGUCUUCGGCGAGCCAUUCGGCUGCCUACGAAACCACGAGAACCACAAACAUGUCGACAUGCUGAUCAAGCGGCUCCAUGGCUCGCCAUUCUUCUACGCAAUGCUUUACUACCCCAUCACGAAGCUAUUCAAGCGCUAUUUGUUCGACAACAGUUUGUUACAAGCACGAAAAGACUACGCAAAAUGGGUGGACGAGCAGGUCACUGCGAGAUAUGGAGUUCUGUCGCACAAGGAGCUCGUGACCAACGUCAUGGCUGCUGGAUCUGAGAUCAGCUCGACAACGUUGACGGUGGCCAAGUAUCUGCUCAGCCAGCAUCCGAAUGUGCUCAAGAAGCUACAAGACGAGGUACGACAACGCUGGCCAUCCUACGAUGAGAUUACAUCGUCGUCUGACACUCGUGCACCUGUCGGCUUCCAGCGAAGGGUUGGACGAGGCGGUGGAAAGAUCAGCGGCCACCACAUACCAGAAGGUACUGCCGUCAGCGUGUCCCACUAUGGUGCAUACCGAUCUGGGACCAACUUCGCCGCACCUGACGAGUACAUACCAGAGCGGUGGAUGGAUGAUAGCCGCUUUGUGAAGGAUAAAAGAGACGUGUUCCAGCCUUUCAGUCACGGACCUCGUGAUUGUGCGCGCAAGAACCUUGCGAAUGUCGAGCUUGAUCCGAGGAGUAAAGGCUGGUUCGACAAGUUGGACGUGCGAAACGUCUGGACGAAGCCAGAGCUGCUGAUCAAGCUGCGUGAAGCAUGA